UUCUCGGCCGCCGCCGGGCUCCGCGCGCUGGCGCGGCUCGAUCUCUCCUUCAACGCGCUCUCCGGGGCCGUCCCCGCGGCGCUCGGCGCGCUCGCCCGCCUCGAGCUCCUCGACCUCUCCAUGAACAGGCUCUCCGGCCCCAUCCCGCCCGCCCUCGGCCUCGCCGCCGGCCUCAAGUUCCUGAACCUCUCCAACAACGCCCUCUCCGGCUCCAUCCCCGACGAGCUCAGGGGCCUCAAGGAGCUCCAGGAAGUGCAGAUUUCGGCCAACAACCUCACCGGCGCCAUCCCCGGCUGGCUCGCCGGCCUCCCCGGCCUCCGCGUGCUCUCCGCUUACGAGAACGCGCUCUCGGGGCCGAUCCCGCCGGGGCUCGGGCUCUCGUCCAAUCUCCAGGUGCUCAACCUCCACUCCAACGGCCUCGAGGGGAGCAUACCGAGCAGCCUCUUCGACCUUGGCAAUCUGCAGGUUCUGAUCCUCACCGUGAAUAGGCUCAACGGCACCAUCCCGGAUUCAAUCGGCCGGUGCCUCGGCCUAUCCAACGUGCGCAUCGGCAACAAUCGCCUCGCGGGCGCCAUCCCGGCAUCCAUUGGCGACGCCACCAGCCUGACCUACUUUGAGGCCGACAGCAACCAGCUGUCCGGCAGCAUCCCCGCUCAGUUUGCACGCUGCGCCAACCUGACGCUGCUGAAUUUGGCCUACAACCGCCUUGUCGGCGAGGUGCCGGACAUGCUUGGGGAGCUGAGAAACCUGCAAGAGCUCAUCAUCUCCGGCAAUGGCCUCGGUGGCGAGUACCCGAGGUCCAUUCUGCGGUGCCGGAACUUGAGCAAGCUGGACUUGAGCUACAACGCUUUCCGCGGCGGCUUGCCAGACACCAUCUGCAACGGAUCCAGGCUGCAGUUUCUUGUGCUCGAUCAUAACGAGUUCUCGGGCAGCAUCCCGCACGGUAUCGGUGGCUGCAGCCGGCUUCUCGAGCUGCAGCUUGCCAACAACAACCUGAGUGGUGAGAUACCAGCCGAAAUGGGCAAGAUCAAGAGCUUACAGAUUGCGCUGAACCUCAGCUUCAAUCACCUUUCAGGGCCGCUGCCCCGUGAGCUUGGGCGGCUCGAUAAGCUCGUGGCGCUGGAUUUAUCUAGCAAUGAGAUAUCUGGUGAGAUCCCUGCUGACAUGAGAGGGAUGCUGAGCUUGAUAGUAGUCAACCUGUCAAACAACCGGCUCCGUGGUGCCAUACCGGUGUUCGGGCCGUUUCAGAAGAGUGCAGGGUCCAGUUUCUCCGGCAAUGCCAAGCUGUGCGGCGACCCGCUGGAUGUGGACUGUGGACCGAUUUAUGGCUCCAAUUAUGGAUCGGACCACAGGAAGAUAUCUUACAGGGUGGCCCUGGCAGUUGCUGGGUCCUGCGUGCUCAUCUUCUCAGUGGUAUCAUUGGUGGUCACGUUGUUCAUGUGGCGUGAGAGGCAGGAGAAGGAGGCCGACGCAAAGAAGGCCGAGGCAGGGGAGGCGGUCGUCGUCGAAGCGAGGCAUGUCAUGGCUUCAAGUGUGUUCAUUGAGAGCUUGCAGCAGGCCAUUGAUUUCCAGACCUGUGUCCAGGCGACGUUCAAGGACGCCAGUGCACUGAGGAGCGGCACGUUCAGCACGACCUACAAGGCUGUCAUGCCAUCAGGCAUGGUGGUGUGUGUGAAGAAGCUGAAGUCGGUCGACCGCGCGGUCGUCCACCACCAGGCCAAGAUGAUCCGGGAGCUCGAGCGACUCGCGCACAUAAACCAUCCCAACCUUGUGCGUCCCAUUGGGUAUGUCAUCUACGAGGAUGUUGCGUUGCUGCUGCAGUAUGACAUGCCGAAUGGAACAUUGCUUCAGCUGCUGCACGGUUCAAACAACUGUGAUGGUGACCAAGAGAAGCCUGACUGGCCAAAGCUGUUGUCAAUCGCGAUUGGCGUCGCCGAAGGGCUGGCCUUCCUCCACCAGAUUGCCACCAUCCACCUCGAUAUUUCUUCGGGUAAUGUCUUCCUUGACUCGCACUACAACGCGCUUCUUGGCGAAGUUGAGAUCUCCAAGCUGCUGGACCCUUCAAAGGGCACUGCCAGCAUCAGCGCGGUAGCUGGCACAUUUGGUUAUAUACCUCCAGAGUAUGCCUACUCAAUGCAGGUUACUGUACCAGGAAAUGUGUACAGCUUCGGGGUACUGCUGUUGGAGAUCCUGACGUCCAAGAUGCCGGUGGACGAGGAGUUUGGCGAGGGUGUGGACCUUGUCAAGUGGGUGCACUCUGCGCCGGAGAGGGGGGAGACGCCGGAGCAGAUCAUGGACCCGAGGCUGAGCACCGUGUCGUUUGCGUGGCGGAGGCAGAUGCUCGCCGUGCUCAAGGUCGCGAUGCUAUGCACGGAGCGCGCCCCGGCGAAGCGGCCCAAGAUGAAGAAGGCUGUAGAGAUGCUGCAGGAGGCCAAGAACAGCUGACCGCUCACUGCAUCCUCUUGCUGAAUGCUAAGAUUGCUCCUACGGAGACGAAAUGACAAGCAUAAAGAACAUUGCACGCCGCGAAUCUGCAGUAAUUAUUCGGCCGGCUGCAGAGGAAAAGCAAGCAGCAGCACAGAAGCGGAGGAGGUAACGCCGUUGGCCGUUGCCUGAUUCAUCCUCGCGCCGCCGGGGCUGCAAUAGAGCUCCGCCGUGGCUGCAUUGAAACGCCACCGGAGCUGCAUCGCAUCAUCCUCGCGCUACAUGGCAGCUUCAGUCGUCGUCGUCGUCAUGCUUUUUGUCGCAGCUUUCGCCAUGGCCGCCGCGUGCUGCGUCGCUGCAUCAGCCGUCAUCGCCGGCGCUGCAAUGAGUGCUCCCGGGGCUGCAAUGGAGGGACGUCGGCGCUCCGCCGCGACUGCAAUGGAGCACCGUCGGGGUGUUGGAGCUUUGUCCCAGUUGCAAUGGAGCUUCGCCGCGGCUGCAAUGGAGCACUGUCGGGGACGUUGGAGCUUCGCCGCGGUUGCAAUGGAGCUUCGCCGCGGCUGCAAUGGAGUACCAUCGGGGACGUCGGAGCUUCGCCGCGGCUGCAAUGAAGCGUCACUGGGAUGCAAUGGAGCAACCGGCGUCGACGGUGCUUCCAUGGAGUUGCAGUGGAGCUUCGCCGAGGUUUCGUCGGUGCUGCGUUGAAGCUUUAUUUGCAGUCCUUAGUGCUACCAUGGUGCAGGCCCCCGGUGAGUCUCGGCGCUGCGAUAUAGCGCGUCGCCGGCAGCUCUUUUUGGAGCGAUGAUGCAGCAUCUCCAGCUGCUCCAGGGCUGCGAGGUCGCCGGCGUAGGUGCCAUCCGUUGGUUUUUGUUGCACCAUGGCUGUGUUCAGAGGAGGCAUGGUGUGGAUUGACGAUGGGCUGAUGCACCUUCACUGCAGAGCGGGACGCGGUGUGGAUCGAAGGACUGCUGGGAUCGAACAUCACUAGGGCCAAUCGGACGGUUGACUAGGCGGAUGAAAUUAUUCGGUUGAUUCGUAGCAACCGUCAAUUCGUUUAGAGCUUUUUGGUUUGUAGGAAUGAAAUCCUAUUUUUAUGGAAGAA